AUGAAUUCUGCCUCUGCACAGGGUGAAACGUCGUCUUCAUCAACUUUAGCACAUCCAUGUCGAAUAUUUUGUCUUGAAGAAAUUCUAUAUGCAACCAACAACUUUGAUGAGGAACAUGUCAUUGGCGAGGGUGGAUUCGGAAAGGUAUACAAAGGUAGAAUUUCUGGUGAAGAAGCUGGUCAUGUUGUAGCCAUCAAACGUUUGGAUUCUAUGUCCAACCAAGGAGAACUUGAGUUUAGAGCCGAAAUCAACAUGCUUUCUAAGUUGCGUCAUUGUCACUUGGUGUCGUUAAUUGGUUAUUGUGAUGAAAACAAGGAGAUGAUCCUUGUUUACGAUUUUAUGCCAAAUGGCACCCUUUACCAUCAUCUACACAAAGCCAAUGCUCCUUUAAGUUGGGUGACAAGGCUAAACAUAGCAAUCUGUGCUGCACGUGGUUUAGACUACCUUCACUCCGGUGUAGGCACACAGUGUGGAGUCAUACAUCGUGACGUGAAGAGUUCAAACAUUCUUUUAGAUCAUAACUGGGCAGCUAUGAUUUCGGACUUUGGAUUAUCCAAAAUCAGCCCAACCAAUCAAUCAAAUUCUUUUGUUGACGCAAGUGUUAAAGGCACAUUCAGGUAUCUUGAUCCAGAGUAUUUCUACACUAGAAAAUUAACAAGGAAAACCGAUGUGUACGCUUUUGGGGUUGUAUUGUUUGAAUUGCUAUCCGGAAGGCUUCCAGUAGACGACCGCAACAGGGAGGACAAUUGUAGUUUGGUAAGGUGGGCUCAAAAAUGUGUAAAAGAAAGAAAACUAGACCAUAUGGUUGAUUCUAGUAUUAAGGGGAUGGUUUUUCCCAAAUGUUUAAGACGAUUCGCUCAAGUUGCAUAUCGUUGUUUUCACCCUGUUCAGAAAGAACGGCCUACCAUGACGGAGAUAGUGGCCUCACUUCAUGCUUCACUCAGACUACAGGAGAAAUUUAACCAUUCUGGCGUGCCGCUAGGCAUAUUGGGUUUCAAUUGGAAGGUUCACAAAAUAUCCGAUUAA